AUGGCACCAUCUCCUAGCAAGAUUGCCAUUUUCUUGUCUUUGGGGGCUUUCCUCCAGCAAGCAGGAGCCGCACCUCAGCAAGCCCAGCAGAAAUGUGAUGGUUGUGGACAACAAACCGUGACUAGCGCUGUCACUGUUUGCACCACUCCCCCUGGAGUUCCUGGAGGGACUUUGCCAAUCCCCGGCGAAACGCCAAGCCAGCCUGAAGCCCAGCCAAGCGUAACUCCAAGCUACCCUGGAACCAUUGUACCAAUCCCCUCGAAUACCUCACCAGGCGGAACCAGGCCAACGGGAACACCUACCGGUCCUGGAGGUGGAGGUGUCGGUCCUGGAGGGCCUGGUGGUCAGCAGCCAGGACAACCCGGUGGUCAACAGCCAGGACAACCCGGUGGCCAGCAACCAGGUCAGCCCGGUGGUCAACAGCCAGGUCAGCCCGGUGGUCAACAGCCAGGUCAGCCCGGUGGUCAACAGCCAGGUCAGCCCGGUGGUCAGCAGCCAGGUCAGCCCGGUGGUCAACAGCCAGGUCAGCCAGGUGGUCAACAGCCAGGUCAGCCCGGUGGUCAACAGCCAGGUCAGCCCGGUGGUCAACAGCCAGGUCAGCCAGGUGGCCAGCAGCCAGGACAACCCGGUGGCCAGCAACCAGGUCAGCCAGGUGGGCCAGGAGGAGCUGGAGGAGCUGGAGGACCCGGAGGCCCAGGAGGCCCCGGUGGCCCCGGUGGAAUCAUUCCUGGACAACCCGGUGGUCAGCAACCAGGAAAACCCGGAGGCCAGCAGCCAGGACAGCCCGGUGGUCAGUCUACUGGUCAGCCUACUGGUCAACCUACUGGUCAACCUACUGGAUAUCCACCUGGAGGUGGUCAACCAGGCGGUGGUCAGCCAGGCGGUGGUCAACCGGGUGGUGGUCAACCGGGUGGUGGUCCGGGAGGCCCUGGAGGUGCUGGUGGUCCAGGUGGUCCAGGUGGUCCAGGGGGGCCUGGCGGUUAUCCACCCGGCGGUGGUCAGCCAGGAGGAGGUCAGCCAGGAGGAGGUCAGCCAGGAGGUCAGCCAGGAGGAGGUCAGCCAGGAGGAGGCCAGCCAGGAGGAGGUCAGCCAGGAGGAGGCCAGCCAGGCGGUGGUCAACCGGGUGGCCCGCCUGGUGGUUAUCCACCCGGUGGUGGUCCGCCCGGUGGUGGUCCGGGAGGUGCUGGAGGUGCUGGAGGUCCAGGAGGCCCAGGAGGACCUGGCGGUUAUCCACCCGAUGGUGGUCAGCCAGGCGGCGGUCAGCCUGGAGGAGGCCAACCCGGAGGUGGACAUCCUGGUGGCCCUACUGGACCUGGUGGUCAGCCAGGCGGAGGAGGCGGCGGCGGCGGAGGAGGAGGAGGAGGAGGAGGAGGCGGCGGCGGCGGCGGAGGCCCAACCUGUCUAUGCCCAUGCCCUUGUGGUGGACCUGGUGUUCCCGGAGGCCAGGGUCCAGGGGGUCAAGGCUCUGGCGGAGACUCCAGCGGGCAUGGAUGGGGAAAACAAGAUUGGGAAGAUCAUGGACACGAUAAAUCUAAAUCAACUCAUACACCCACUCGGACAAGCCCAAGCACCACUGAAUCGCAUGAGGAGAAAGACACCGAAGCGGCAUCUCACAUAUCUGGGCACGGGGAUAAAAUGAAGAGACAGCCUAACGCCCCGGGCUCAGAUGCAAGCGCUGGAGCCGAGCCCUCAAACACUAAUGCUGGAGACCAGAGCCAAUCCGAUGACGAACAUCGAGCUGAUAUUCCCAGCUUUACGCUUCCCACCAUCUCAGCACCUGCUAGUACUGACCAUCAACCCGGAUCAGACUAUCGAUUGCGCCCAGAACCAACCAACCCACCUGCAAACUCCGCUCCCAACCGUGGCAAUUCCGACUAUGGCGACUCUGGCCGCAACGAUCCCGGCCGCAACGAUAAUCAUGGAGGCAACCGCGGGGAUAAUAUCUCUGGCAGUAAUAACUACGGGGACAACAAUCGCUGGGAUAACAACAACAACUGGAACAGCAACGAUUGGGAUAAAAACCACGGGGAUGGCGGUCAUUGGGAUAACGGCCGGUGGGAUCCUGGUUACGACAACCAGGGCUAUGGAGACCAUGACCACGACCAUGGAGACAGCAACUACGGACGUCCAGGAUAUUGGAACAAUGGCCAUUUCUACGACAACAAAGACGACGGCAAGGUAAACAAGACUGACGGUUAUGAUCCUAAAGAUAAAGACCACGGCUUCUGGGAUCCCGGCCAUGGGGAUCACGACGGCAAGGAUGAUGACAAGAAGGACGAUGACAAAAAAGAUGAUGACAAAAAGGAUGAUGACAAAAAGGGUGAUGACAAAAAGGAUCCUAGCUAUAAAGAUCAUGACAACAAGGAUGAUGAUAAGGACCAUGGUAAGGGUGGUUACAAGAGGGAUCUCGGCCGUGGAGAUCGUGAUGACGAGGAUGAUGAUAAUGAUCAUGGCAAGGGCAAGGAUGAUGGCAAAAAGGAUCCCAGCUAUGGAGAUCACGACGACAAGGAUGAUGGUAAGGAUCAUGGCAAGGGCAAGGAUGAUGGCAAAAAGGAUCCCAGCUAUAAAGAUCACGACGACAAGGAUGAUGGCCAUAAAGACCAGGAUAACAAAGACCCCGGCCACGGAGACUACAGAAAGGAUAAACAUGGAGAAGACAGCCACCACUUCGCAAUGAAGCGAUUCGCCCAAGACGCGGAAUCCACCACACUCUCACCCACCUCGAAAGUGCGUGCGGCUCCAUCGUCCUCGACACACUCGCCCUCCUCGCCCUCCUCGCCCUCGUCGUCGAGGCACCUAGUAGCAAGACAAACCCCAUCAUCCCACUCCAGCGCGACCCCUUCGAGCUCCUCGAGACUACCCCGGAAGUCGCCGUCCAGUUCCUCGAAGCUACCAGAGGCGACGAGCUCGUCACCAUCGGGGCCAGCUAACACCGGUAUCAGGCGAUUCCGAUACUGGUAA